GCCGCGCUGGGCGGACUGCUCCAGCGACGACGAGGACUCGUGCCCGGACUGGGUGGGUGGAGGCGGCGCGGGCCAGGGCUGCUUCCGCCCCCGCCCGAGCGUCGGCGGCAGCAGCGCGUCAGCGAGCACGGCGGCCGACGACAAGAGCGACAGCGAGAGCGAGCGGGGCGGCCUGGACUGCGGCACUCCCGGGGGCGGGCUCGCCACCGCCGGGGUCUCUGCAGGCGAGGCGCUGUCAGCCCCGCCCGUGAACCUGAUGCUGCAGAACAUCCCGAGCCGCGCCGGAGCCGAGGCCAUCGCUGGUGCUCUGCAGGAGUUCGGCUAUGCCGGGUGCUUCGCGUACUUCUACCUGCCCUGCAAGCCGCGGGACGGCCUGAACCGCGGGUACGCCUUCGUCGGCUUCGAGGACGCCCAGCAGGCGGACCUGUUCCGCGCCGCCGUGCACGGCCAGCGCCUCCCGGGCAGGGGGAGCGCGAAGGCCCUCAGCGUGGACGUGGCCAGCUCUCGCCACGGCGUUUCCGAGCGGCUGGGCCUCGCGCUGUGCAGCGAGGCGGUGCAGACGGAGUGGGGCCCGAUCUUGGCGAGCCGGGGCGGCAUCCGGCGCUCGGCCCCGCCGCAGUAG